AGCACUGUUUCAAGCUCUCUUUGGUCGCAAUCGUUCCGUCGAUUUCUAUCUCAGGAGGCUCGCAUGAAAAUACAGGCUGCAGUGACCAAAUACCCUGUGGUGCUGUUUAUGAAGCGCAACCCAGAGCAGCCUAUGUGCGGUUUUCACGAGGGGUUGUGA